AUGUCGCCUCAAUUUCAUCAGGGUCUAGCAUCAUAUCAACAAAACAGAGGCGAUCAGGCCACUUCCGUCUUGGGACCGAGCAUACCGAGGCCCUUGCCGCAUCAAACUGGGCCACCUGGGCCCCCUCCAGUGCAGCCAGCUCAACAAUGGCCGACGCAAGCAUUGUCUCAUGAUUCAUCCCGCCCGGGGUGCCAAUCCCACCUUCCGCAGCACCAGGAGCCAUCAGGUCCCCCGUACCCCCAACAUUCUCCAUAUCCAUCGAAUUACCCACGUCCACCCCCGGCAGCGCCACCACGCCAAGCCGAAACCCCUGACCUUCUCACCUCACCAUUUGAGCUCGAGCUACCGUCAUUUGCUCCUGUGGGGCCCGCACCCCCAAUUCCCCCUAACCCGGAGAAGGAUGCGCUGCUGCAUACUGUCUCGCAGUCCCUCGGAGAGACACUGCGUGCGCACGCGACCCAGUCGGAUAUUGCAGCACAGUCUCUUGUCUCACAAUCGCGAUCGCUGCAUGCUGCACUGGCCACACUUCAGGGCGAGGUCACUGCGAUAAAUGCUCUUCAUGCAACUCUCCAAUUGAAUACCGCUGUCCUGCAGCAGUCGAUCCACCGUGCUGAUGCCACCAUCAACGAUGCACAGGCCCGGUCUGCCUCCGUGUCGACCUCGGGCGCGCCUUCAACGUCUACGACGGCUAUCCCCAGUGAUCAUCCAUCUGGUCUACCCCCGAUCGAUGAUGUUUUGGUUGCCCCUACUGUCGUGGGUAAGCAGUUGUACGAUCUGGUCGCUGAGGAGCAAGGCCUCCAGCAGGCCCUCUAUGCUCUGCAGGCUGCCUUGGUUCGUGGGGUGACUGGAGUGGACUCGUGGUCCCGGCACACCCGCGGCCUCGCCCGGGAGGCCUUUUUCAAGCGGGCGCUGAUCCGGAAGAUUGGGCGUGGGAUGGGCUUGGAGGAGAAUGUUCAGUAA